AUGAAUUUUAUAACAAAACAAAUUGAAAAGAAGACAGGUAUGGAUUUAAAUGGUGAUGGUGUGAUCGGUUCAGGUUAUGGCCGUCAGGGAUAUGGUGGUGGCUACGGACAAGGUCGCGGUGCUGGAGGGGGCUUGAUAAAUCAAUUAGAAAAAGCUACACAUAUGGACCUCAACGGCGAUGGACGUGUUGGUGGUGGUUAUGGUAAUGCCCCACCUCACAACCAAUAUGGACCUCCUGGUUAUCCUCCACAAUAUAAUCAAUAUGGCGGUGCACCCUGUCCUCAUAAUUAUGGCGCAUAUGGUGGUCCUCCAAACUAUAACCAAUAUGGUGGUACUCCUUAUCCUCCACAACAUAAUCAAUAUGGUGCACCUGGAUACGGAGCUGCUCCACAUUACGGUGGUGGUAGUGGGGGUGGUGGUAUGAUUGAUCAAUUGGAAAAAGCUACAGGUAUGGAUCUCAACGGUGAUGGUCGUGUUGGUGGUUCUGGUUAUCGUCCACCUAACAAUCAAUAUGGUCAUCAUUAUUAA